AUGGCAUUCCAGGGGGAACUGGCCAGUACAGUCGAUUGCUGGUACCCUGGACGGUUAGACAUGAAGCGGAACAGUAGUACGGUUGGAAACGCCACCGGUCGUGGUGCGCUGCUGCUGGCGCUGCUGGUGCUCGUGGCAUGCGGUGUCACCUUGGGUGAUGGAGCGGAACUGGCACGGUACGAUAACUACCGCCUGUAUCAGGUGACACCCCGGAGCGAGGAACAGUUCCGGACGAUCGCGGCCCUGGAGGAGACGAGCGAUAGCCUAAUAUUCACCGAGACGGCCCGGAAGGUGGGCGAACCGUUCACCGUGAUCGUGGCCCCGCACAAGCUGGCCGAUUUCACCGAAACGCUCGAAUCCGACCUCAUCCCGUACCGGUUGGUGGAGGCCAACGUGCAGCAUUCCUUCGACGAGGAGCGCUCACGGAUCAUGAGCAAACGGACGCGCGGUGUCUUCGAUUGGACCGACUAUCAACCGCUGGAAGAGAUCCACGGGUGGCUCGAUCGGCUGGCCAGUGAGCACCAGGAGGUGCAGCUGCUGGAUGCCGGCCGUUCCUACCAGAACCGUACGCUGAAGGGUGUGAAGCUGUCGUACGGUGCGGGCCGUCCAGCGAUCUUCCUCGAGGGUGGCAUCCAUGCCCGCGAGUGGAUCUCACCGGCCACCGUUACCUACAUCCUGAACGAGCUCAUCACCAGUGAGGAGCCACAGGUGCGCGCCAUUGCCGAGCGGUACGAUUGGUACGUCUUUCCGAAUGCUAAUCCCGAUGGGUACGAGUACACGUUCCGGGUGAAUCGGUUGUGGCGCAAGACACGGAAACCGUACGGGCUGUCCUGUUACGGGGCCGAUCCGAACCGUAACUGGGACUUCCACUGGGCGGAACAGGGCACCAGCAGCAACCCGUGCUCGGAUACGUUCGCUGGACCGAACGCGUUCUCCGAGAUCGAAACGAAAUCGUUGGCCGCCUUCGUGAAGACGCUGCGCGGUAAGCUGCGGGCGUACAUUGCGUUCCAUUCGUACUCGCAGCUGCUGCUGUUCCCGUAUGGUCACACCGGGGCCCACUCGCCGAACCAUCAGGAUUUGAAUGAGAUCGCUAACGCGACGGUACUGUCGUUGGCGCAACGUUACGGGACGAGGUACACGUACGGUAAUGUGUACGAUGCGAUCUAUCCGGCCAGUGGUUCCAGUGUGGACUGGAGCUAUGGUGUGGAGGAUGUAAAGAUUGCCUACACGUACGAGCUGCGACCGGGACCGAACGCGUUCAAUGGUUUCGUUCUGCCACCGAAACAGAUCAUUCCGACCGGUGAGGAGACGCUCGAUUCACUCAUCACACUGCUGGAGGAAUCGGCCGAACGGGGCUACCUGGCAGCAUAGACAAACAUGGUGCAGCGAUGUGUGAAAUAUGCUUUAUUAGAAACGUGUCUACGGGUGCUUAAGGGGUUUUAAGAGAGGGGACUCCACCGUUGCGUUGGUGAGAAGAAAUAUAAUCGGAAACACAAA